UCUGCAACAAACGCAAUGACAGUCUUUCGUGUCAUUUCGUUGCUUCUUCUCGCUCGAGAAGUUUUAAGUAUUUGGCCUCCCCCUCACGAAAUCCACUUGGAAGAUGGAGAAACCUUCGUCAUUUCUGAAAUAUCGGAAAGCGAUGACAUUUUUAGCGACGAGGAUGAGAUGAUUCCGGUGGAACCUUCUCCGGAUUCAGAAAAGAAGUACUUCAUGAUCCACCAAAUCGCUCUCCACCAGAACAAACGGGAACUUACGGAGAACCAACCCGUGAAGAAUAUAACCAAGUUUGAGGAACACAACUUCGAUUUGGACGAAGCUAUACCCUGGGAAGGCGGUUUUGUUGAUACAAAGGGCAAUUUUAUUCAGCCGGAAAAUGAGCACGUGUAUUAUUUGAAUGAGAUGGCGAAGAGGUUGAUCGACAGUAAAAUCAAGAGGAAGAGAGAGGAAGAGAAGCAGGUGGAAGAGAAGGUGGAGAAUUAUGACUACGGUUCCUUUAAGACGGCGUAUCAGAAGGAGGUGGAGGCGGAAAGGCAGAGUAAGGACAAGUUUAACUACACGGACGUUAAGGAAGAUGAGACCGUGGAAGAGGCAGUUGACGCGGUAAUGGAAUUCAAAGAUGCCAAGAAUUGUUCGGCCGAAAGCAAUAGAGGAAUAGGAAUAGCAGCCCUGAAGUGCAUCGUAAUAGAUCUCCAAACCUCCAAAAGCACAAACUCGACCGUUCGAAUCUUGGAAAAAAUCCUCCGCAUUACCCUCAUCUGGUUCUGCGUCUAUGUAGUCAUAGCCAUACCCUGCUGGUGUCAAAGAGGUUGGUGUUGUUGUUGCUGCUGCUGUUGCAAAAUGUGCAGACCUCGCGAAACCAUCGACGAAGCCAAGAGAUUUUUCACGCAGAACCCACCCGGAGUACUCAUCAUGGACGGCAAAAAAAUCGAGUACCCACCAACGACGUACGAAAUCUAUACCCAACAGCGCCUCGAGAAGGCUCUCUUCAACCUGUAGACUUACCUGUAUG